AUGCAGGCUAGGACACCUCGUCAAGUAGCUCUAAACUGGUUAUCCGCUUUCUCUUUCGCGCUUAUCGAAAGAAAAAAUGUAUCUGCGAUAUGCGAGCUGUUUCUUCCUGAGGGUUGGUUACGCGACUCGCUGGUUUUGAGUUGGGAUGUCAGGUCUCUUGAAGGACGAGAUAAAAUAAAGGGGUAUUUGGAGGAGCGGUUACCGAGGGCGAGGUUUGUAGAGGGGAGUAUGAGAUUGGAUGAUGAAAGGCUGGGGCUUGGGCCGAGAGCGUUUGAGCUAUCGAGGGAGGUGAAGGGUGUGGAAGCGGGGUUUGUGUUUGAGACGGAUGUGUUUUUUGGGCGAGGGUUCGUGCGGCUUCAGCUUGACACGACCCAGAGUGAGGAUGUGAAUAGUGAUAAUAAUUGGAGAGCGUUAUCGGUGUAUAUCGCUGCAGAGGAUAUAAAGGGUCACGAAGAGGCAGGGUAUGAGUUGGGACUUUAUGCCGGACAUACAAUUGCAUGGGAGGAGAUUAAGGCUGCGAGACAAGAGGCGAUAGAGGCGGAUCCUCAGGUUCUAAUUAUUGGCGCUGGACAGACCGGAUUGCAGGUAGCUGCACGAUUUAAACAGAUGAACAUUCGGACGAUUGUAGUUGAGCGGAAUGAACGUGUUGGUGAUAAUUGGCGGAAGAGGUAUCCGACGCUUAGUUUGAAUACGCCGAGGACGCAUCAUACCUUGCUAUACGCUCCUUAUCCUCGUACAUGGCCUAUUUUCACACCACGCGAUAAGAUUGCUUCUUGGUUGGAAUAUUACGCGGAGUCGCAGGAUCUUGUCGUUUGGACUUCGACAACGCUGCUUCCCGGACCAGAAUAUGACUUUUCGGCGCGCCGCUGGAAAGUGAAACUCUCCUGGAAUGGGACGAUGCUUACUAUUCAUCCAAGACAUAUUGUUCUCGCGACGGGAACAUUGGGCGAUCCAUUCAUCCCUACAAUCCCAACUCUUCAUCUCUUCCGAGGGACGACGUUACACGCCUCUACAUACAACGGCGGGCGAGCAUACUCCGGAAAACGCGUCUUAAUCGUCGGAUCCGGAACAACAGCAGCAGAUAUCGCUCAAGACCUGCACGAACGCGGGAAAGCCGCAUCUAUCACUAUGCUCCAACGGCACCCUACACUCGUCGUCUCGCGGAAACUUGCAGAUACGGAGUUUCAGGCUUGGCCUGAGGGUGUGCCUGUUGAGAUUAGUGAUUUUCGGGUGGCGGGUAUGCCACUUGGGUUGGCUGGGCGGAUUGCGAGGUCUGAGAGUGAACGGGAGAGGAGGGCGAGGAUAGAUGGGGCGCUGAGGAAGGGACUUGAGAGGAGGGGGUUUAGGACGACGGAUGGACCGGGUGGGGGAGGGAGACGGGAGUUGGUGUAUGAACGUCUUGGAGGUUACUGGAUCGAUGUCGGCGCUGCAGAUCUUAUUAUGCGCGGAGCAAUCUUGGUCAAGUCCGAUGUCGAGAUCGCAAAAUUCGACGAGAACGGGACUACUGUCGAGUUUUCAGACAAAUCAACUCUGGAUGUCGAUGUGGUCAUAUUCGCGACUGGAUACGAGAACAUCCGACCGUCGAUGAGCAAACUAUUCGGAGCGGAAACGAUCGAUCGGACGAGUGAAGUCUGGGGCCUUGACAAUGAAGGAGAAUUGAGAGGAUGUUAUCGACCUUCUGGACAUCCUGGACUCUGGUACGCAGCUGGAGACUUCUACCACUCGCGGUACAUGUCUAAACAGCUCGCAUUACUGAUUAAGUCGGAUGAGCUAGGCCUUACGAAAUUUGAGAGUCCUGCGGCCGCAGUGCCCGUUUGUUCUUCACCUGACUCGAGUGCUUCCACUUGAUUUGGUUGCAUUGCGCUCAUCGGCAUAGAACAGCGAACCGCUUGUCGUUUCUGACAAUUAGAAAUGUCCAAUACGCAUACAUGUUGCCUUUGCUUCGUUAUUUCCCUCAAACUUCUAUGUUCUUAUUACAAGUUAAUCUUUUACGAGCGAUCCAUUUCUUUCUGCACGUGCUCGCGUCCUCCUUCAAGCUCCCAAUCAUCCCAGCAUGUCGAAAGAAUCGCGUUAUGACGUCCGUUUCCGGGGUGCAGACUUGCACGCUCCGCAGAGGGGGGAACACCGAUCUUCCCUUCCACGAGGGCGUUAGUCCAGCGGAGUAUUCCUUCCCACUUGAAGCCCAUGCGCUUCGCACAGCGAACGGACGGAGAAUUCUGUGAAUCGGCUUGCCAUUGGACACGCCGCAACCCGAGUCCUGGACCGUAUUUCUGUUCACCUUUGGCGAGGUGUGCAGGGAGCUCGAGACAGAAGUGUAAGAGCAGCCCGACGGCGUUGGACGUGACGUGCGUUCUCUGGUACUUUGGGAAGGUCAUUACGUAUCCGAUUUCGCAGAAUUGGUGGGUGAGGUUUGUGUAUAUAAGGGAGAUCAUUCCAGCGAGCUGUGGAGACUCUCCUGUUUUAUCAAAUACUGCAAACGUAGCCGUCGUUGGAUCU